UUUUUUUUUUUUUUUAAGAAACAUUUUUGUACUCAUAAUCUACGCAUUGAUAAAUAUGUGCUAUUAAAAGACAAGAGAGAGAUAAAAUUGAACGAAAGUAUCAAUAUCUAUUGUUAUCUUUUUCAAUAUCUUCUCAUUUUGAAGAGGAUUAUAAAAUUUAUACACGUGUUACAGUAAUACAUCCGGUAAGAAUGUUAUCAUCGAUCACUCUUUCCAGUUCCUUUGAUUACUAGAAAAUUGAAUUUUUCAAAUCAAGAUCAUUUUAAAUAUAUAUGUAUAUAUAUAUACAUUUAUAUAUAUAUAUAUAUGUGUAUAUAUAUAUAUAUAUAUAUAUAUUUUAAAUAUGUAUAUGUAUAUAUGUACACAUAUAUAUAUAUAUAAAAUAAUUAUCUCUUUGAUGCAAUCACUUAAAAUGAUUUUAGAAAAUAUGCAAAUACAAUCGAUGUGAUCUUCUAAAUAAAAUAAAUAAUCGUGUUUAAUAAAAAUUCGAAUUACAAAAAUUUCUCAUACAUAUUUUAUUUAUUUUUAAUGCAAUUAAAUGUAUAGAUUAAUUCAUCUAUUUAUAUAUUCGUCUAUUGUAAAGCAAUUAGAUAAAAAUCACAUCAUAUAUAAAUAUAAUAAUCUAUUUUUUGUGUGCGCGCGUAUAUAUCUAUGUAUGUGUGCGUAUGUAUAAAAGCGCAGAUAUAAAGAGCAAUCGUUCAUUUGGUUUAAAUGUAUAAACAUGCAUCAUAUAUUUUAAAAUAAUAUUAGUUUAUAUAUCUUACGUGCAUAUAUAAAUUAACAUUUUGUUGCACUUGUUGGUAUAAUAAAGGUAAAUACAUGAAGUUAAAUAUUUAUAAAACAUUCUAAUGCACCCGCGAGAGUUAUUUAUUAAUCAUCGAACGUGCUAACGUCCAAUAAUUUGUCUUAUUAGCGACGUUAAAUAAUCCAUUAACGAUUACAAUCACAAUAACAUAUAAUGUUCACGAUCUUAUUGGGUUUUAUUUCAUUUUUAAUCUUAUUACACUAUUUUAUAAAAUACCGAAGAAUAGGAAGACUCCUUGAACUAAUUCCAGGACCAGAAUCAAUUCCGAUAAUAGGUAAUGUGCCAAGAUUUCGAUUAGAAAAUGAUGAUGCUUUUGAUAAACUUGUCGGGAAUGAUAAAACACAUUAUCCAAUAUAUAAAAUAUGGUCCUUUUUUUUUGCGUCAGUAGCUUUACUUCAUCCGAAUGAUGUUGAGAAACUAAUGAGGAGUAAACAACAUAUACAAAAAAGUAUAGCUUAUAAAUUCCUACAACCUUGGCUGUCCGAAGGAUUGAUAACGAGCAGUGGUGACAAAUGGCAAAAACGGCGAAAAUUGUUGACACCUGCAUUUCAUUUUAAUAUCCUUAAACAUUUUGUUAUGACAUUCAACGAGGAGGCAAAGUAUCUUAUAAGCAUACUCAAUGAAGAAACUAAAGAUGGACCAAUAAUUAAAGAUCUCAUGUCAUUUAUUACCGAGCACUCUUUAAACGCUAUAUGCGAAACUGCAAUGGGUACAUCUUUAAAGGAUAAAAGUGAAUUACAGAGUAAAUAUCGCGAAGCUGUACACGCUUUUGGCAGAAUCGUGCCGUACAGAUUGGGGAGACCAUGGUAUCAUUCAGAUUUUAUAUUUUCAUUUACAUCGCUUGGACGAAAGCAGAAUGAACUUUUAAAAACGUUGCACAAAUUUUCAUCAACCAUAAUUGCAGAAAGGAAACGUUUUCAUCAAGAAACCAACGGGAAAUAUUUACAAAAUUUCGACAAAAUGAAUGAGGACGACGUAUUCACCAACGGAACCAACGAUAUUAAUCAGAAUACGUUGAUCAAGAAAAGACUUGCUAUGUUAGAUCUUCUGAUAGCCGCAUCGAUGAACGAUAAUGAAAUCGAUGAUAAAGGAAUUCAAGAAGAAGUCGAUACUUUUAUGUUUGCCGGUCAUGACACUACAGCAACAUCAUUAUGUUUUGCUUUGCUCCAUAUUGCAAAAUACAAAUCAAUACAGGAACGUGUAAGAGAAGAAGUGAACGCCGUUAUGCAACAGAACAAUUGCAAUCUGACGAUGUCAAUGCUUAAUGAAUUUUCAUUCAUGGAAAGAUGCAUAAAAGAAUCACUACGUUUGUUUCCCACUACUCCUUUUGUAUUACGUUACUUGACAGAGGAUUUGCAGCUGGAUAAUUAUUUAGUCCCAGCCGGUGUUAAUUGCCGUGUAAGCAUCUACCAUUUACACAGAAAUCCAGAAUACUGGCCAAAUCCAAAUGUUUUCGAUCCCGAUAGAUUUUUACCAGAAAACAUGAAAGGACGUAAUCCAUAUUCGUACAUACCAUUUAGCGCAGGGUUACGCAAUUGUAUCGGUCAAAAAUUCGCUAUGCUCGAAAUGAAAUUAAUGAUAGCUUACAUAUUACACAACUAUCAUUUGGAACCAAUCGACGAAUUAGAUGAUAUUAAAAUUACAGGAAAUAUUAUUUUACGUACUUCUAAACCUCUUCGAGUCAAAUUUAUACCAAUAAAACAAUAACGAUGAAAUCUAUUAUUUCGCUUUAUAAUUUUCCAAUUUAAAUGAAAUAAAUCGCAAUUAUAAUGUGACUUAUAUUUUCUAUAAUUUCUGUAUAUCCUUAAAAACGAUUUUUCGUGAAAACUUUUAAUAGUUUAUACUAAACAUUUUGUAUUAUAUAAUUUUUGGUACAAAUCAUACGACAAUAUAAAUUAUUGAAUCGAUUCGUUUAUGAAAAUGAAAUAUUAUAAGAAUUAUAUUAUAUUCAUUAAUACGAAAUAGGCAUUGAUAUAUGAUCGCUAAUUGAUUCUACGAACUUGGCUAUUAAUAAAAAUCUCCAAACGCAA